AUGCAGGAAAAUGGUGUGAAUUGUGGUGUUGUAGAGUGGGUUGAUGGGCCUUGGCCUCCUGUACUUCAGAGAUGUUUGUGCAAGCUAUGGGAAAUGUUCCAUGAGCAGAACCUAGGAAGGGUACUUGACAAGGAGAAGUUUGAGAAGGAGCUGGACAAGGUUAAGACUGAACAUGAUAGGGAGUUGGCCAAGCUUAAGAUUGAAAAUGACAAGCUUUGCAUUGAGUACACCAAGCUUGUUGAGGAUGUAUCCAAGAUGUUUGAUUGGCAGGAUGGUAGGGUGGACAAGAAGGUGAACCAGAAACAGGUGGAGGAGGAAGAACUUGAGAAGAAGGAGGUAGAGGAGAAAUCUAGGUUGGAGGUGCAAAUGAAAAAGCUUAAACUUGCAGAUGAGCAGAGGUGCGUUUUGCAGAGCCAAGCUGAUAUCAUCAAGAACACCAGGAAGGCUAUGAAGGAUGUUGAAGUUGACAGAUAUCUUCUUAAGAAGGAGAAGGCAAAGCUUGAGCAAGUUGUUGCUGAGUUGUUGAAAGAUGGGUAUGGUAGCAAGGAGAAGUUAGAGCAAAUCAAGGCCAUCCUUGAUUCAUGA